CACACCGGUUUCCUUGUCUGGGUAGCCCAGGGUUUCUCCAAGCCUUCACCAUCCUGGAGAUAGCCACAUUUUCCUAAACAUCACACUCCCAAGUCUCCGUGGGCCUGGGGAGCUGCAGGAUGGCGGCAGGUGUGGCCACAUGGCUACCAUUUGCAAGGGCUGCAGCAGUGGGCUGGCUACCCUUAGCCCAGCAGCCCCUACCCCCUGCACCGGAGGUGAAGGCAUCCCGAGGGGAUGAGGUUCUGGUGGUGAAUGUAAGUGGUCGGCGCUUUGAGACCUGGAAAAACACGCUGGAUCGUUACCCAGACACAUUGCUCGGCAGCUCAGAGAAGGAAUUCUUCUAUGAUGCCGAAUCAGGCGAGUACUUCUUUGAUCGUGACCCAGACAUGUUCCGGCACGUGCUGAACUUCUAUCGCACAGGCCGGCUGCACUGUCCCAGGCAGGAGUGCAUCCAGGCCUUUGACGAGGAGCUGGCUUUCUAUGGCUUAGUACCAGAGCUUGUGGGCGACUGCUGUCUUGAAGAAUACAGGGACCGCAAGAAGGAGAAUGCAGAGCGCCUGGCAGAAGACGAGGAGGCCGAGCAGGCCGGGGAAGGUCCAGCCCUUCCAGCAGGCAGCUCCCUGCGACAGCGACUCUGGAGGGCCUUCGAAAACCCACACACAAGCACUGCAGCACUCGUUUUCUACUAUGUGACUGGGUUUUUCAUAGCUGUGUCAGUCAUCGCCAAUGUAGUGGAGACCAUCCCAUGCCGUAGCUCUGCACGGCGACCCACAAGAGAGCAGCCCUGUGGUGACCGCUUCCCAAUGGCCUUUUUCUGUAUGGACACAGCCUGUGUACUCAUAUUCACCGGGGAAUACCUUCUGCGGCUCUUUGCAGCCCCCAGCCGUUGCCGCUUCUUGCGCAGCGUGAUGAGCCUCAUUGAUGUGGUAGCCAUCCUGCCCUACUACAUUGGGCUUUUUGUGCCCAAGAAUGAUGAUGUCUCUGGUGCCUUUGUCACCCUACGUGUGUUCCGGGUCUUCAGAAUCUUCAAGUUCUCCAGACACUCCCAGGGCUUGAGGAUUCUGGGCUAUACCCUCAAGAGCUGUGCCUCUGAGCUGGGCUUUCUCCUCUUUUCCCUCACCAUGGCCAUCAUCAUCUUUGCCACUGUCAUGUUCUAUGCUGAGAAGGGCACCAGCAAGACCAACUUUACAAGCAUCCCUGCUGCCUUCUGGUAUACCAUUGUCACCAUGACUACACUUGGGUAUGGAGACAUGGUGCCUAGCACCAUUGCUGGCAAAAUUUUUGGGUCCAUUUGCUCACUUAGUGGUGUCUUGGUUAUUGCCUUGCCUGUGCCAGUCAUUGUGUCCAACUUUAGCCGCAUCUACCACCAGAACCAGCGUGCUGACAAGCGCCGAGCACAGCAGAAGGUGCGCCUGGCAAGAAUCCGGUUGGCAAAGAGCGGUACCACCAAUGCCUUCCUGCAGUAUAAGCAAAAUGGGGGCCUUGAGGACAGUGGAAGUGGUGAGGGACAGGCGCUGUGUGUUAGGAGCCGUUCUGCUUUUGAACAGCAGCAUCACCAUUUGCUUCACUGUCUAGAGAAGACUACGUGCCAUGAGUUCACAGAUGAGCUAACCUUCAGUGAGGCCCUUGGAGCUGUCUCACUGGGUGGUCGCACCAGCCGUAGUACCUCAGUGUCUUCCCAGCCAAUGGGGCCUGGCAGCCUGUUAUCAUCUUGCUGCCCUAGAAGGGCCAAGCGCCGAGCCAUCCGCCUUGCCAACUCCACUGCCUCUGUCAGCCGUGGCAGCAUGCAGGAGCUAGACACCCUAGCAGGGCUUCGGAGGAGCCCUGCCCCUCAGAGCCGCUCAAGCCUCAAUGCCAAGCCUCAUGACAGCCUUGACCUGAACUGUGAUAGCCCGGACUUCGUGGCUGCCAUCAUCAGUAUCCCCACCCCUCCUGUCAACACUCCAGAUGAGAGUCAGCCAUCCUCCCCUGGUGGUGGUGGCAGUGGUGGUAGAAGUAACACCACCCUCAGGAACUCCAGCUUGGGUACCCCCUGCCUCCUUCCUGAGACUGUGAAGAUCUCUUCCCUGUGAGGGAUGGGUCUGCCCAUUCAGAGGGCCUUCUUUACUCUUGGGAACUCCUUUCCAAAGCCAUAUUUGGGAGAGGCAAAGAGGGGCAGACCUGGGGACCUCUUAUGCUCCCUGCCAAGAACUAUGCAAUGGAGUUUCAUGGAAUGGCCCAUCUGAUGGGGAAUUAGCUAGGGAAUGGGAAACUUCCCUCAGUCCCGGACAGUUUUCCUAAUGGGAGCUGAAGCACUGGAACUCCAUAGGCCCCUGGCCUCUCACUCCAGCAUGCUGGGACUGGCCUCUCUCUGCUAGCUGGCCUCUUGCAUGCUUCUCCCUUGGGCCCUCAGAGGCAGGUUAGAGCUUUCUGUAGUCUGACAUUUGAGGUCUGGCCUGACAAGAAGAGUUAAGAGUUCCUCUUCUCUUUGUGCUGUGCAAGUUCGAGGGUUCAUAGAACGAGAACCCUCAACUCUAAUUUAGCCUCUAGGGGGUGAAGUCUUUGCCCUUCACCAGGCCCAGCAAUUCCCAGAUAUGGAAGCUUGGAAUGCAUCUGUGGGCUGGCUUAACGGGCUGUGGUCUCUGUAGUGACCCACUAACCCCAAGCUUUGUCUGAGGGGUCAGGCUGCUUCUCCUAACACAGAGAUAGCACAAACAUUACUGUCCCCUUCCCUGGCUGCUGGAAAUGAGUUCCUGCCACCUGUCCUCCGCUGGGCUUCCAGCAAACUCUAGCAAUAGCAGCUGCUGCGAUAAUAAUAUGCAAAGCCUCAGGCCAAUUUGCUGCAGCAUAUACAUCUGCCCUGAUCAGAUGGGCCACAUCUAACUACUCUCUUCUCUGGUGUUUUUUUUUCCUUGGGUUGGUCUGGAGUCUGGACCUGCUGAGAUAAGAGACUGGCACCCAGCUAGAGCUGGGCUGGGUUUUGAGAUCAUGGGCUGAUUCUGUAGUGUUGGGCGAACCCAGAAGUGCUUAGGCAGAGGCCUGGGUUGUUCCUGAACCCUGGGAGGGACAGAUGAGACUUCUCAAUUACCCCCUUCUCCUCUGUAAUUUCCACAUAGUCUUCUCCUCUGUCUUGGGUCACCUUCUGGAUCUGUGUUCUCAGACUGAAAUUUCACAUCAUCUCAGGUUCCCUGUCUCCCAGCUCUGUCCCUCUGAAGCUGGCAGCUGACAAAGAUGAAGUUUUCAUCGGUCAAUAAAACUUAAGAGGAGAGAUGUGGACUGA